AUGCCGCUUUCACGGCUGAGACGCCGAGUGCGGGGGUAUGCAGACAGGAAGGUGGCCCUGUUGGAUAACCGGAGGCGUUUGUGGAGAGCUAUGGCAAUACCAUGUGAGGAGCGCUUAGUGCUUUUUGACUUCGAUGAUGAAGAAGAUGACCUGAAUGUUUCCAAGAACUCUUUAUCUGAAGAAAAGCGUCCAUUCUUUGACAAAGAUGAGAAGAAAUGCCCUCCUGUGGCUGACACAGAUGGGAAGAAAUGUCCUCCUGCAGCUGACAAAGAGAAGAGAAGCCCUCCUGCAGCUGAGGAAGAGGAGAAAUGCUCCCUUGAAGAAGUGGAUGAAGAUAUGGGAGAUGAAAUGCACAGUGUGUUGGAUAAACUUAGAGAUAAUAUUACUAAUUCUCUUCUUGAAAAGAGAAGAAGAACGCAAAUGUACUCAGAAGAUGUUUCCAAACAGACUAACUACAAAAUGAAACAAGCUUGGAAAAACAAACAACAGCAAAUGUUGAAAGCUGACAAUGAGCAUUACCAGCAGUUUAUGGAUCUGUUUAAGCAGUGGGAAUUGGAGAAGCAGAACUAUGAAAAACAACAAAAACACUUAAUUAAUAUUUUACAACAACAGAAAAGGAUGCUAAGACAGUGUAAAAUUAAACAAAACCAGAAAAUGAAACUAAUUAUGCAGAUGUAUACACAAUACAUGCAGCACAUGAAGGAUAAGGAUAAUAAUAUACUUACUGCUUCAUUCAUUGAACUUAAAGAAGAGAUGGCUGAGUAUCAAAGGAAAUAUAUGAUGGAAACUCAGCAGCAAGAGAUUGCAAAUAUUCGGAAGUCUCUUCAAUCUAUACUAUUUUCAUGAUGCUUUGAAGAAAACUUGAACCUGUGUAAAACAAUAUAAUUUUAAUGUUAGAUAAAAAGCAUGUUUUUAUGGUGGAAAUCCAGGUUUAAAUUUAAAUGAAAACAGGCCAAUGACUAACACUUAUCCUUAUAUAUGAAGGUUUUCACUCUUCUUGUUAAGUAGUG